UAUCCGGGUAGUAAACAAACUAAGUUUUAAUACUUUUACUUAAAUUGGCAUGUCCGGUUUUCUUGCUUUAUUUCACAUCUGGUCAACAAGACGAAACUUGCAACCUCAAGCUGUUCAACAUCCAGGAAUACAUUCAUAUCAUGAGAAAAGUUCAGGUUCAGAUAUUGAUCCAUAUAGUGAUGUAAAAAGAAAAUAUGUUGAAGGACGAGGUACACCAUGGUUUUUAAGCAACAAACGUCCUGAAAGAUUAAGGGAAAAUUUAAAUGAGUUGGAGGAGUUGUUGGAAAGUCAGUAUAUAGCCUGUGUGUCCUGGAGAAACACAAGAAAUCUGCAGUUUGUGUUGUCGAAUACAGUACUUGUCUCCAUCUCAAUUGCUGCUGAUUCUCCAGAUAUUGAAAAAAUAGUAAUUGACAAAACACUGGUUGGAAAAUUUUCAGAAUAUAUUUUUGAUGGUGUAAUGGAAGAAAAUUACAUGUUUUUUUCACUGUUGGAAAAAUCAAAACUUAUGGUUGUAAAUUAUUCUAAAAAGAUCUACAAUGAAAGAAGAGACAUGGAGAAAAUUAGUUUUUAUGAACCAAAGGUGACUAUGAUAGAUAUACCUGGUCCAAGCGGCAGAAGAGUAAAAAGACAUUGUCUACGUAAUAUACAAUCAAAUCUGCUUUGUGUUUGGUGGACUAGUUCAGGUGCAGAAGCAUGGCCAUGGUCUCCACUGGCUUCUGAUGCAGACAGAGCAAACAUUGUGCUGUUAUCAAUGACUACAAUAUCAAGUGUGUUUACGAUUGAUGUUCAGGCUUAUACAAGAACUGAUGGUGAAUUACUUGAUGUGAUUUUCAGCCACACUCAACCAAAUCAAGUUUUAACUGUUGAGCAAUCUCAGUCAUCUAGUUCCAAGUAUUUAGUCGAAUCUUGUGUUUACGAAUUAUCCGGUACAAAAUUUUCUAAAAUCAGCAACACGCCAAUUCCAAUAAAAUCAAAAAUUAUUUGUCAAUGCAGGAAUCAUCUUCAAAAUAAAAUAGUGCUGGUAUCGUCAAAUGGUUCACUAAUAUUAUGGAAUGAAUAUCACCAAAAAGCUAAAACAGUAAAAUCUGCUUUUGUUUCAAAUUAUAUUUCUUGGCAUCCAGCUGAUUAUCUCUUUCUUCUUUCAAAUGUUAAAGGUGAUAUUCAGAUCUUCGAUAUAGCUUUAAAUUGUUUGUGUGUUCAACUGAUAUCUGAUGUGAUGGAUUCUCAACGUUAUUUAUGUUUGUCUCAAUACUUCUUCUCUUCACCAAAACUAAAGAAAGUAUGUUGGGCUCUUGAUAGUGGACUGGGUCCAACUCCAGACGCCGUUUCCUGCAGUGACGACAUAUUUCUUGUUUUUGAAAGAGGACCAGUGGGUCUGUUGCGUCUUGAACUUGGUGUGUGUACGCAAGGACAAAUCACACCAGUGGAACUUGUUUGUGAAUAUACGAAGCACGAUCAACUGGAAGAGGGUGUGGCUUUGUUAGGUGCGUUAAAUUGGAACACGAAUGGUGUAGUUUGUUUUCACUGUUUGGUGUUGCUGACUGAUCAUUUGUUUCGACAACCUUUCAAUAAAGACGUUGAAGGAUGUAUUGAAGAAGCGUUGGGAAGUUUUUACGCACCUGUGAGACCACUCGUAGAAAAUACCAUUUUACAAUAUAGGGAUGAUAUCAGCAGAAUUGCUCGAAGAUUUUUUCAUCAUUUGUUGAGACACAAAAGAUUUGAAAAAGCUUUCUUACUUGCGGUUGAUAUUGGAUCCAAAGAUUUAUUUAUGGAUAUCCAUUAUUUGGCAGUGGAUGAAGAGAAAUUGGAUUUAGCGGAAGCUUCAAAACAACGAGCGCUGCAGAUUCACUAUCUCGAAAAAAAUGAAGGCUUAAGUGACGUGCCAUCAGAUUAUUUGUCGGAAGAAAUAAACACUGACCAUUUAAUCGAAAUUAACCGUCAAAUACAAAAUGUAAACAUCAACGGAUUGGCGUCAAAUGACAGUCAGCCACGCCGUCGGCGACAAGUAAAAGAAGAAUAUGAAGAUGAACCCGUGCGAUAUAAUUUUGAAGAUUCAGAUGACGAUAAAGUAGAAGACGAUCCGGUGGCAUGGGCACUAGCAAGUCGCUCAGGACAACUUCCUACAAACGGACGACAAUCCGAUAGACAGCAGAAUGGUGUUGCUGAUGAUCUCAAACUGGUUCAUUUUGGAAAUGUGUGACCAAAGUUAGUUGAAAUUCAACUUGCUGAUAAUCUUAAACUUGCUCUCUUUGGAAAUGUGUGACUAAUGUUGAUUGAACUUCAACUCACGACCAAUACAAAUUUGUGUGUGUGUACACUUUUAUUUAUUUUUUAAUGAGAUUUAUAUAUUUAUAUAUAUAUUUUUAAAACAAUUUGUAAUUUUGUAAAUAUGAGAAUAACUUGGUGGUGGUGACAACA